AUGUCAGCGCUCGCUACGCUCGAGUCGCUCUCCCUCUCCUCGGGCGAAGAGCAGCUCGAGGAGGUCGUCAAAGGCGAGACGCUCGUGUGGCGGGACGUGCUGCCGACGCUCGACGCGGCGGCGGGCGAGAUGGCGCUCGGCGACCUGUUGCACGGCACGUGCUUCUCGCUGCACGAAGCGAUGUCGGCGCUGCAGAUGUUUGACCCGCAGAUGGACGCGGGGAUGGCGACCGCGACGCAGCCGCCGCCGUCGCUGCCGCCGCCCGACCUCCCGCUGCGCGCCUUUGUCGCGCUCGCCGACGAGAUGCUCUGUGGCGAAGUGGCGUGGUACGCGGGGCUGCCUCUGGUGCAGACGGUGUUUCGGCUCGACUGGCUGCACGCGACGCGCGAGCCGUGCGACGCGCGCCUCCGCGCGCUGAUGCUGUCUGCGGUGCGGUCCGCCGCCGCGGUGCGCGCGCUCGUGCUGCGUGCGGACGUGUCGGACGAGGAGGACUUUGCUCCCUCCUCCUUCGGGAUCGACCUCCGGGAGGACGCGGAGAAGCUGCUGGCGGAGGAGGAGGAGCGGCUCGCGGCGCUGCUCGGCCCGCGAGGGGAGGGAGGCGGAGGCGAGGCGGCGGGCGGCGGCAAUGGCGACAGCGGCGGCGACGGCGGCGGCGGCGGCGGCGGCGGCGGCAAUGGCGGCGGCGGUGCGAGCGCCAGGCUGCUGGGCUCCGCGCCGCAGCGCAAGGUGGACGCCCUCCUCGCCCAGCUGCAGCCCGCCUUCUCCAUCGGCGCCGUCACAGACCUGGACGGCCUCUUCCGCUGGUACGCGCUGCUCGCCGGAGGGACGGACGAGCGAUGCUCGCUCGGGCUCCGCCCGCCCCUCGGCCCUUGUGUGUGGGAGGCAUUCGUGACGCUGUCGGGGCUUCCCCGCGACACGAGCCGCGAGCUGUCGAAGCUCGAGCCGUGCGCAGAGCGGCUGGGGCAGCUGGCGCAGGCGGCGCCGCUGCAGGAGUUGGCCGACGACCUCGACGGGCAGCUGCAGCGGGCGGGGCUGCUGCAGCCAGGCGUGCAGCCAUACGGGAUCUGGGUGCUGGUGCAGACGCUGCAGACGGCCGCGGGCGUGCAGGCGACGGGCGUGGCGGCGGCAGCAGCGAGCGGCAAGAAGGAGAAGCCGGGCAAGAAGAAGAACAGGGGUGCCGAGAAGGGGCCGCAGCGUCCUCCGGUGCUGCUCUGCCUGGCGACGCGCGAGGCGCGCGUCUCGGUGGCCAACUCAGUGCUCGUCGCCUCGGCGCUCAAGGCGCCGCCGCCGGCGGGCUCGCGCGUCGCUACCUUCAGCUUCGCCACCCACCCGCAUUUCCCGCUCGUCAAGCUCGAGGCGGCAAAGCCGCCGGCGGGCGGGGCGUGA